UCUCCUAACUCCCGUGGUUCCAAGCGUGUUCGUUUUCGUGAAAGAACUUCGUUCACAACAAUGUAUCAAAACCAACCAAUUUAUUCCUGACAGAGGAGUCUAUACAUUUGCAGAGCUCUGGGUUCGUAACUACCCUAUCUUAUCCUUAGCAGAUAAAGUAGUCGAACAAAAACUAUCUGACUCUACCCCAGACUUGAAACAAUGUUUCAAACAGGCCAGUAUGGAAUCGCUGUCGUCUGAUUGGUCCGUAAUCUGACGUCAUCGUUGUUCUGCGGACCAUCUGAUCUGGCUGCAGACUUCUGCUCCAGGUGUCGCCCGCAGAUGUCGGCUCACGUUCCUGCAUUCAAUGUUUAUAGUAUUUAGUUGGAAAAAAAAAAUAAGAUUAGACAUUUUCGCAUGCUGAUUGGCUGGCAACCAGUUCAGGGUGUACCCCGCCUCCUGCCCGAUGACAGCUGGGAUAGGCUCCAGCACGCCCGCGACCCUAGUGAGGAGAAGCGGCUCAGAAAAUGGAUGGAUGGAUGGAUUUUCGCAUGCUGUGCUUCGAAAGAGUUGCAUACACCAUGUUUUUGGCUGUAAAAAGUAUUUUUAAAGAAGAUUAAAAUGAAAGAGUUUAGUGACUCUGACCCAGUUGCCAGAACCCCCCCACCUUGAGAAACUGCAUUCUUCCAAGCGGCCCUGCUGUGAGACUGCCCCAAGAUGACGCCUCGUGGAACCCUAAACUAAUUAACAUCUACCCUCGAAGUCUGAACUCCCAAGCAUCAAAGGCCUCCAGAUGUUUCCACGGGACCACCUGUCUGUGAGUAGGAACAAUUGCUGGGACAAGGCGACACCCGCUGGCGUCGAGAGGAACUGCAAAGUCGUUCCGGGGGGACUCUCAUUUGAUGUUUAACCAAAGAUAAGUGUCUGUUUUGAUAUCUCACGAACGCUGCAGAAAUUUCCAAAUGUAUGCCUUGAUGUCUGUGUCAGUGUGUCAACUUUAGUUGCAAUUGCGAGAGUUUGAGAAUUGUUUGUCUUGAUUUGACUCCAAGCAGCAUGAAAUGUGAUUUGAACCAUAAGCAGUUGAUUUGCCAAAACUGAAGUAUAAACAGUCCGUCCGAUAUGUUUGACCUCUGAGUAAAGAGAGUACCAAGUUGAGGUUAUUUUAUAUUAAUAUAUUAUUUUUAACCCAUUUUAUCAAAUUUGUAGACAAGAUUCAAGCUGAUCGGUGUGGUCUUCUCCGUCCCUCUUGCACCCCGAGGUAUUUAACGCUUGACUCUUGUGUUUUUCCUCUCCUCUGGCUUCUUGGCUUGGUGGCAUCUAGCCAGCCACGGGCUGGCCUCAGCCACCCCUCCCUCCGCCCUUUCUUUUCUCAGGCACACGGCUCGGUAACCACGGGCCUUGGGGAUGGAGAUCAGGCUCCCUAGCCUCCGUGGACCCCCGGCGCUAAGCCUCCCGAACAGUUGCUGUUCGGUAACUAAAACUGUAAUCCUGUAAAUUUACAAAAAACAACUGUAAUUUAAUUACACUUUUUCUCCCAGUGAUGACAAACAUUUUUGUAACUAAAUAAGGUAAUCUCGUGACAUCUAAUCAGUUACUCCCAAAAAGUACCAGAUUGGUUGAAAGUGGUAGAAACAUACAACAGCGUCUUCUUUAGGUACUGCCGCAACUACCAGCAAGAGGAGGUUAUACAUCCUGCUGCGUGUACUUGACCGCAGCGCUACCGAUUCAGCGCGCGUGUGUAAGUGUGUGCCUGUCACUCAGAGGCAGAGGAAGGAAGCAGACAGUCGACAUACAGAGGAAAUCAGAGAGGGACGCUGGUGCAGACAUGGACCUGCGCUCUGAGCUACUCAAGUCCAUCUGGUACGGCUUCACGGCACUGGAUCUGGAGAGGAGUGGAAAGGUCUCCAAGUCUCAGCUGAAGGUGUUGUCGCACAACCUCUGCACAGUGUUGUGCAUCCCACAUGAUCCAGUUGCUUUGGAGGAGCACUUCCGGGAUGAUGACCACGGUCCAGUCUCCAGUCAGGGUUACAUGCCCUACCUCAACAAAUACAUCCUUGAUAAGGUAGUUGAAGGCUCAUUCAACAAAGAAGAUGUGGAUGAGCUGUGUUGGACACUGACAGCAAAGAAAAACUACAAACCCAAUAGAAGUUCAAGCACAGUUCUGGCGGAGCGAGAUGCAUUUCGGCUUUGGUGCCUUUUUAACUUUCUGUCAGAGGACAAGUACCCUUUGGUGAUGGUCCCUGAUGAGAUGGAGUACCUACUCAAGAAGAUAUGCACAGCAAUGAGUCUUGAGUUCAACUGUGUUGAACUGGAGGACAUAUUCUCCCAAGAUACGGUGCAGCAGAGAGGCAUCACUGUUUGGGUUUUCUUGGAGAUGAUGGAUGCAGGAAAGGUGGCCAGAGGCAUUGAUAGGAGUGUUAUCAGCAUGGCUCUAGAGGAAGUAUACAAGGAGAUUGUUGGCGAUGUCCUCAAAGAGGGUUAUUUGUGGAAGAGAGGCCAACUCAGAAGAAACUGGAAAGAGCGCUGGUUCACUCUGAAGCCGGGCAACUUGUUCUACUACACUAGGGAGGACAGUAAGGAGUGCCAGGGCAACAUUGCUUUGGAUGGCAACUGCUGUGUGGAGGUACUGCCAGACCGCGAUGGUAAAAGGUGCAUGUUUUAUCUAAAAACACUCUCCAAAACAUAUGAGAUGAGCUCGUCAGACACCAAACAGAGACAAGAAUGGACAACAGCCAUUCAGAUGGCUAUCAGGCUGCACGUGGAGGGGAAGACGUCCCUCCACAAGGACUUAAAGCUGAAGCGGCAUGAGCACCGUGAGCAGCGUGAGAAGAGGCAACAGGCCAAAGAGGAAGAGCUGCAGAGGCUACGAGCCCUUCAGGAGGAACGGGAGCGCAAGCUGGCUGAGCUGGAGCUCUUGAGGGAGGCGCAGAAGCAGGCCCAGGUUCUCCUGGAGCAGGACGAAGAGAGGAGGCGCCAGCAGCAUGAGCAGCUCCAGCAGACCUUGGAGGUGCAGCUGCGGGAGGCCGAGGAGGUGCGAAUUAGCAUGCAGGCGGAGAUGGCUCUUAAAGAGGAAGAAGCAGAAAGGCAGAGGAAGAGGAUCCGUGAGCUGGAGGAUAUGCAGAAGCAACAGGAGGAGGCACUGCAGCAGGAGAUUAGAGCCAGGCUGGAUGAGGAGGCCUCCCGCUAUGCUCAAGCUGGGUUACUUGCUGAGGAGGAGGAAAAAAUGAAGGCGCUGCUGACUCUGCAGGAGGAGCAGGAAGAGUAUAUCCUGAAGACACAGCGGCAGAAGCAGGAGCUGAAGCAGGAGAUGGAAGCCAAAUCCCGGGCCCUGGACGAGGCGCAGAGGCAGCUGGAGGAGGUCCGGGCCAACCGGCAUAGGGUUGACCAGGAUUUGGUGGCUGCUCAGAGGAAACUUUGCCAAGCGAGCACCAACGUCAAACACUGGAAUGUUCAGGUGAACAGACUGAUGCGACCAAUUGGGCCGGGUGAUAAAAGACCUUUGUUGGGAAGCUCCCUGUCAUCCUUCCAGAUUCCAAGCCAGAGAGAUCCUGGUCUGCAUCUCAGAAGGAUAUCGGGAUCCGAGGAUCGAAACGAGGAAUGUAAAGAAAAUGUCACCGAUGGCCGCAGUUGCGAUGCAGAUUUAGAGAGAUGCAACUCCUACACUUCCAAUGGAGACCCAAACUUCCCCUAAAUGCCUGAGUCAUACAAGAUGCACUUCCAACCAACUGUUGGUAUUUUGACUGGAUGGGUAGGGCCUUUAAAACUGAAGUGAGUGUUCAUCAAAUGUUUGAUAUUCUGAUUUCUUUUUUCAGUGUUUUUAAAUAUUUUAAUGAUACAUGCAUUUUUAACCAGUGAGAUCUGAUAUUGACAGAAAACACACCUCAGUGCCUUGAAGAACAGAACUGAGGGCAAUUACAUCACUGUCAUGUUAAAAUGCAGAAGAUGUACAUGCAAAAAAGCCAAUAAUGCUCAUCAGCAUUUCAUAUUUAGGUGUAGGAGGUGGCUUGAAUUUUCUGUGUAUAAAGAUAUAGUUUAUAUAUAUCGAUCGUAUCAUUUCCUUGAUACAACAUAUCACUUACAAACCCCAAUUCCAGUGAAGUUGGGACGUUGUGUAAAACAUAAAUAAAAACAAAAUACAAUGAUUUGCAAAUCCUUUUCAACCUAUAUUCGAUUGAAUACACAAAGACAAUGACAGGAUAUUUGAUGUUCAAACUGAUAAAUGUCAUUUAAACGGAUCUAUCUUUGAAUUUGAUGCCUGCAACAUGUUCCAAAACGGCUAUGACAGGGGCAUGUUUACUCGUGGUGCAACAAUACGAAUCUCUAUUGAAUCGUUCAAUACAGUGGUCACGUUUCAGUACGCAGUAAAUGACAGUACGUCAUUUUAUAUUUACUGGAUGAACCUCUGACGAUGAGGAGCUGUGCUAAACUACUCUGCCUUAUGCCUUAGUGUUGAGCGCAAUGUAUUAUGCUGCUCCUCUCUCAUUCAUUUCGACCAAGGAAGGCUGCGUUUGUAAAUUCACGAGUCUGACCUCAGACGGCUGGACGUCGAGAGCUACGCAGUUACUUGACUGUUAGGCCACUAUAUGACUGCGGAAUUAGAGAUGAAAAGCGACGUCCUUCAAACACGGCCCCUCGACAGUCACACUACUGAUGAUAUAACCAAAGGUCUGACAGAAGCUGUGGAGAUUAGUGACCAAAUGAACAAAUGUACAGGAAUACUGUAUCUAAAUUAAUUAGAAUAUGGUAGGAAAGUCUGUUUCAGUACUCAUACAUUAUAUAACUUCAAUAAAUACUUGGGAAAAUACUUUUUCGAAUGCAAAUUCCUGCCAAAUUUUGACAUUAAAAAUAAUUUUCAUUGUUUCUUGAUAGUUUGUUCCAUAAUAUUCUAGUUUUUAGAGAUGGUGAAUUUUGGUUUUCAUGGAUAGGCUCCAGCAUGCUUGCGACCCUAGUGAGGAUAAGCGGUACAGAAAAUGGAUGGACGGAUUUGCUGUAAACUAUAAAUCAUGACCCAAAAUGCACGACUCCAAUUCAAUUGGACAGUUUCAAAAAGAGAGGUUUAAUGAACGGGCAGAGGUCGGUACACAGGCAGGCCAUCCGAAAAGGCAACAGUAUCCAAAAAACGUGAGGCAAAAAGGCAAGAUCAAUAAUCAGAACAGGGUCUAGUCUUACUAUGAGUCGGUGACGUGGAAGCAAGGAAUGCUGGAACUUGACAACAAGGUUCCAACGAACUGGUGACCAGAAAGAAUGAGACAUGAGGUUAAAUGCAUGGGGUAAUUAGGGUAAACGAGGCACAGGUGGGGAAGAUGCUCUCAGGAGCAGGUGUGUACGAGACAGCAGGAAGACAACAACCAUAACACACACCCAUGACAGACGUUGUGUUAAACAUAAAUAAAAACAGAAUACAAUGAUUUGCAAAUCAUGUUCGACCUAUAUUUAAUUGAAUAGACUACAAAGACAAGAUAUGUAAUGUUCAAACUGAUAAACUUUAUUGUUUUUAGCAAAUAAUCAUUAAUUUAGAAUUUUAUGGCUGCAACACGUUCCCAAUAAGCUGGGACAGGGUCAUGUUUACCACUGUCUUACAUCACCUUUUCUUUUAACAACAUUCAAUAAAUUUUUGGGAACUGAGGACACUAAUUGUUGAAGCCAUUCUUGCUUGAUGUACAGCUUUAGCUGUUCAACAGUCCGGGGUCUCCGUUGUCGUAUUUUACGCUUCAUAAUGCGCCACACAUUUUCAAUGGGAGACAGGUCUGCAGUCCAGUCUAGUACCCGCACUCUUUUACUUCGAAGCCACGCUGUUGUAACACGUGCAGAAUGUGGUUUGGCAUUGUCUUGCUGAAAUAAGCAGUGGCGUCCAUGAAAAAGAUGUUGCUUGGAUGGCAGCAUAUGUUUCUCCAAAACCUGUAUGUACCCUUCAGCAUUAAUGGUGUCUUCACAGAUGUGUAAGUACCCAUGCCAUUGGCACUAACACAGCCCCAUACCAUCACAGAUGCUGGCUUUUGAACUUUGCGUCCAUAACAUUCAGGAUGGUUCUUUUCCUCUUUGGCCCGGAGGACACGACGUCCACAAUUUCCAGAAACAAUUUGAAAUGAACACUUUUCCACUUUGCAUCAGAUGAGCUCAGGCCCAGAGAAGCCGGCGGCGUUUCUUAGUGUUGUUGAUAAAUGGCUUUUGCUUUGCGUAAUAGACUUUUAAAUUGCACUUACGGAUGUAGCGCCGAACUGUAUUUACUGACAUUGGUUUUCUGAAGUGUUCCUGAGAACCAUGUGGUGAUAUCCUUUACACAUUGAUGUCGUUUUUUGAUGCAGUGCUGCCUGAGGGAUCGAAGGUCACAGGCAUUCAAUGUUGGUUUUCGGCCUUGCCGCUUACAUGCAUUGAUUUCUCCAGAUUUUCUGAACCUUUUGAUGAUAUUAUGGACCGUAGAUGAUGAAAUCCCAAAAUUCCUUGCAAUUGUACGUUGAGGAACAUUGUCCUUAAACUGUUCGACUAUUUUCUCACAAAGAGGUGAACCUCACCCCAUCUUUGCUUGUGAAUGACUGAGCAAUUCAGGGAAGCUCCUUUUAUACCCAAUCAUGGCACCCACCUGUUCCCAAUUAGCCUGUUCACCUGUGGGAUGUUCCAAACAGGUGUUUGAUGAACAUUCCUCAACUUUCUCAGUCUUUUUUGCCACCUGUUCCAGCUUUUUUGGAACGUGUUGCAGCCAUAAAAUUCUAAGUUAAUGAUUAUUUGCUAAAAUCAAUACAUUUUAUCAGUUUGAACAUUAAAUAUCUUGUUUUUGUAGUGUAAUCAAUUAAAUAUAGGUUGAACAUGAUUUGCAAAUCAUUGUAUUCUGUUUUUAUAUGUUUAACGUCCCAAAUUCAUUGGAAUUGGGGUUGUAUAACUAUACCUUUGACUACUUGACAAUGCCAGUAAUAUACUGUAGAUAAUGCUAUCACGGCUGCUAGGCUAGUUAUGGUAUAACUUUUAUUUUCUAAGGAGCUAUUAAUUUGUAAAAUUAAUUAAUUUGUUGCUAAGAAUGCACCACAGACGAUGGGUGAUUUCUCCAUCAGAUACAUUUGUAUUUUAUUGAUAUAAUUUAUUAUUUUUACAUGUUGGUAAUUUCAAUAAAAUACGUUUAAAAAAGGCAGAACAUUUCAUUUUGUAUCGAAAAAAUAUCAAACAGUGAUUCUUAAGUGUCAAAGUGGACCGUGAAUUUUGUGUAUCGCUUCACCUCUAAUGUUUACCUCUGGGUUAUGUCACCUUUCCUUUUAACAACACUCAAUAAGUGUUUGGGAACUGAGGACACUCAUUGUCGAAGCUUUGUAGGUGGAAUUCUUUCCCAUUCUUGCUUGAUUUACAACUUCAGUUGCUCAACUGUCCGGGGUCUCCGUUGUCAUAGUUUGCACUUCAUAAUGCACCACACAUUUUCAAUGGGAGAUAGGUCUGAUCUCCAGCAGGCAUGCCAGUCUAGUACACGUAACACGUGCAGAACGUGGCUUGGCAUUGUUUUGCUGAAACAAGUAGGGAGGUCCCUGAAAAAGGUGUUGCUUAGAUGGCAGCAUACUGUACGUCGCUCCAAAACCUGAAUGUACCUUUGAGCAGUUAAUGUUGCCUUCACAGAUGUGCAAGUUAUCAAUGCCAUGGGCACUAACACACACCCAGACCAUCACAGAUGCUGGCCUUCGAACUUUGCGCUGAUAACAAUCUUUUUCCUCUUUAGCCCGGAGGGCACGGCAUCUAUGAUUUCCAAAAACAAUUUAAAAUGUGGACUCAUCAGACCACAGCAACACCUUUCCACUUUGCAUCAGUCCAUUUCACAUGAAAUUGGGCCCAGAGAGACCGGUGGCGUUUCUGGGUGUUGUUCAUAUAAAGCUUUCGCUUUGCAUGGUAGAGUUUUGACCCACAUUUGUACAUGAAGUGACGAGCUGUGUUAUACCUGGAUCACACUACAAGACAAAUUUGGUCUUUCACGAUUGUGCUAUGUCAGACUACUGCCAUAAAAUCUUGCCGUAUCUCGGUCAGACAGUGACAACACUAUAUGAGGUGUAUUCCGAUACCUCCGUAACCUAUCUUUUACGAUCACUGGACUUUAUCUUGUCAAAUCAAACACUGUCAGGAAGGCAGGACCAGAAAACCUGUUACCUUUCACCGCAACCGGAUACAACCAUUACCAUGGCGACAACAAGUUGGGGGGAAAAAAGAGGAAAAAAAACAGGUGGUGCCACCGGGUGCUCGGGAGAUGACACUUUGUACUAUCCAUUUAAGGAUUACUUGAGCUAUGUUCACAUAAUUUUAAUACGAUAAGGGUUGCAAGCAGGCAACAUAACGUUAUGUACCCUUGCAAGCUAGUGCUAGCACUAACGUUUGUACGUAAACAUGCCGCCGUUCUGUCGAAUCAUGCUCUGAAGCUUCAGUAACAUUGGUUUGUGGGCGUGAAUAAGUGUUGACAACGGCGGCUAAGUAUGUUGACAACUGCAAAUAUGGCAGGUGAUGCGCCGGGCGCAAUUCGCAAUCCUAUUGGUUGAUGUCAAGGUAUGCUGUCGGACAGUUGUUGAAUAUGAACACCUACACGGAUGAUAUAAAAAAAUAUUUUAAAAAAAAACAUGCUAGACUUUUCAUUUUGGCGUCGUAGGGUUAUCGUAGGGCCAAAUUGUUGGUCGUGGAUUAUGUCACACUACAAGAGGUUUUGUCGUUCCCGACAAAAUAUGUCCGGCCCAAUCUAGGAAAUCACCCACGAUAGCUAAUCGGGCCAAUAUUGGGGAUAAACUAAACUAAAACUUAACUGACAAUGGUUUUUAGAAGUGUUCCUGAGCCCACGUGGAAAUAUCCUUUACACCUGUGGGUCCCAACCUUUUUAGUCUUGUGUACCCUCUGAACAUUUUUGUCAAACCAUUUUUGUCAAACCAUGAGUACCCCCUCACUCAUAUGCACUGUACUUCAAAAAUGCCGCUAGAACAACACAACUGCUUAUUGUAUGAAAAUCAUUUUAUUUCAUCUCCUUAAUUUGAACAUUAAAUUCUCAAGCAUUGUUUUCUUUCUCAAAUUAAACAUAAAAAGUAUGUUGCCUUUAAAAUAAAUAAUAUACAUUUUUUUAAAAUAUGAAGCAAAAAUAAAUAAAGCUGCCUUUGUUAUACAUAACUCAUAACAUUUACCGAGUGUUAUAUGAACCCUCUCCUGAAUCCAGAGCAACUGGACGUUUCAGCCAUUUAUCCAUAUUUGCCUGUUUGCAGCUGUUUUGAUUCGGCAAGGCUGUGCUACAGGCUAUUGUCUUCCUAGGUAAACUACAUGUAGUGCACACAUACCAUUUUAUUGACAGGCUUAUGAAAUGACUGAGAAUAUUUACUUAUCAUCUUCGAACAACCCACAUAGGGUUGGAAGGGUUACUUUAAAAAUGUAUUCCCAUACAUUUACUAGCUAUCGCUUUCAAAAUGUAGUUAGUAAUGUUAUCUAAGUACCAUAAUACUGAAGUAGAAUCAUGUGUAACUAUGACAUGAUAAUGAGAAAUUAGAAUUCAUUAUAUUACUAUAUUCUUUCCAAAGGUGCUAUUGAUAUGAAAAUCUCACCAGAUGUUGGGAACAACCCAAGUAAUCUAUACAUAAAAAGAAAGUAGAGCAAAUAAGAUUAUUAAGUUGUGUGUAAUAAUGUGAAAUGACACAGGGGGAAAGUAUUGAACACGCAAACUGGUAUUUAUUUAAUAUUUUGUAAAAAAGCAUUUCUUUGCAAUGACAGCUUCAAGACACAUCCUGUAUGACAAAACAAGUCGCACGCAUUGCGCUGGUGUGAUUUUGGCCCAUUCUGUCACGGUGCGAAGUCAGAUGUGAGUUGGAUCAGACCCAAGAGCAGAUUGAGAC